CGCACACGGCUAAAGCCCCAAGUGGUGGGGGCAGGGCAGACAGCAGCUCGUCGAGCUGAUCGAUUCGCGUUAGACAUGAGUGUGGAACCAUGUUGGGAGUUCUGCUGAUUGGUCUGUUCUUGCCCCAGGUGCUGAGUGAGAGGGGCACCCCCGAGGUAGACUCCCGCUGGCUCCACUACCUGAAUCAAAUCCACACUGCUGUGCAGAGACACUCGCCCCCCGAUAGUCACAAUGGCACCUGCUUCUAUAGGGUGCUGCAAGAAGACCUGGAGCCAUUUAGAUCCGGUAUCUCUCGGGACCUGAUGCAGAACGUUCUUAGUCGAAAAUUGGGGACCCAUUAUCAGAUCAUUAACCAUCGGCUGUACAGAGAGGAGGAGUGCAUGUUUUCAGCACGAUGCAGCGGAGUGGAACAUUUUCUGCUGGAGCUGCUUCCUAAUCUCCCAGACAUGGAGCUGGUCAUUAAUGUGCGAGACUAUCCCCAGGUCCCUAGCUGGAUGAAUCCUGUGAUCCCCAUCUUCUCCUUUAGUAAGACAUCAGAUUAUAAUGACAUUAUGUAUCCAGCCUGGACCUUUUGGGAAGGGGGACCUGCAGUCUGGCCCAUUUACCCCACUGGACUGGGACGCUGGGACCUUAUGAGGGAAGAUCUGAAGAAGGCGGCGGAUCUCUGGCCCUGGGAGAAGAAAAUCCCCAAGGGAUAUUUUAGAGGUUCCAGGACCAGCCCUGAGAGGGACCCCUUGAUCCUCCUGUCCCGGGAGAGCCCUGAUCUGGUGGAUGCAGAAUAUACCAAGAACCAGGCUUGGAAAUCAGAGCGGGACACUUUGGGGAGACCUCCAGCCAAAGAAGUUCCCCUGGUGGAUCAUUGUACUUACAAGUACCUCUUCAAUUUCCGGGGAGUGGCUGCCAGUUUCCGCCUGAAGCACCUGUUCCUGUGUGGCUCGCUGGUGUUCCACGUGGGUGACAAUUGGCUGGAAUUCUUUUACAAUUGCCUGGAGCCGUGGGUUCAUUAUGUGCCAGUCAGUCCGGACCUUGAGGAUCUGCGCGAGUUACUGCAGUUUGUAAAUGAGAACGACGAGGAAGUGAAGAAGAUUGCAGAAAGGGGCCACAAGUUUAUCAGACAGUUCCUGCGGAUGGAGGACGUAUCCCAGUAUUGGGGGUCACUGCUCACCCAGUACUCCCAGCUGCUCCAGUACAGAGUGCGUAAGAGGAAAGACUACAGGGAGGUGACUGUGCGGUCCCAUCAUACUGAACUCUGACCUGUACCCCUGGAAUAAGCUGCUGCCCCCUUACUACCUCAGCCGGGGGUUGACAUUCAUACAUGCCAUGGGCCUUACAGCAUUAAGCAGAUAGUCCUUCUGCCCCGGGCAACUCUACAACUGCCUUGGUGCCACUGUCGGACUUGGGCUCAAAAGUAUUCUGGGGCCCAAAUUCUACAGUGGGGGAACAGUUUGGGGAACCCAUCUCAUUUAUUGUGCAUAGCCCUAAAUACCCUCUGUACUACACCACUGCUUUUGCCCCGCUGUCCUUAUGUAAAGUCCUCUAUGCCCCUGCCCUUCCAUCACCUUCUCCCAGACACUGGAGUAAUGACGUACAGAAUUAUCUGUGUCAGGCUGCUGUAAACAUUGACAUACAUAUCAGUACCAGUACCCCUUGCUACACCCCCAGCAUGGAGAAGUGGCACCUCUGGGGCAGAGUGUGGGGCACUGAAAACUUUGCAUUUGUCAGAAGGGGAAACAAUGGUGGAGGGGGGAUAGGAAGAACCUGGUUCAUUGGUGGGGUGAUUUGGAUAAAAACAAAGGGUGUGUGUGACAUGUAACACUUGGGGUGACAGUGGGUAGCUGGGUUCUCCGAUUGGUUAAUCUGAAAUGUUAUGGGGGGGGGGUCAGAGAGCCCCAUUUAUUUGCAAGAGGGGAUAUCCGACACCACUGCACAAGUUCCAGUGUCUAGUACUGUUACAAUACCCCCAGGGGCCCUUUUCCAGAAAAGGUGGCAACCCUAGGCCCAAAUGGCCAAGAAUGGGGGGGGUUCUCUCACUUUUUUGGUUGUGGGGCCAAACUCAUUUUUACACUACUUAAAAAUAAAAAUUUUAUACAAAAUUAAAA